ACGGUACAGUGCGUACAUGUUUGGGCGUCUGAUGUUUCAGUGUGGCUCUGCACGUGAUCGCGUACAGCGCGUUGGACGCGUCGCGCGCGCCUUUUAAUAGCCUUUCCUUUGUCCACAACUCCUACCCCCGGCUUCCCCCCCACCCACCACCAGCGAUCAGUUCGAACUCUACACUUGGAACUCCCUAUCUCUCUCUUACUCUAGUACCGAACCGACAUGCAUGCUGCUGUACGGAGUCCGAAGAGAUUGAGGACGUCGAGCGAGGAUGCUCGGCGGGGCGGACCGCCAGUGGCGCACCUCGAUGAGACUUCGCUAAACAACACUUCCACUCCCUGGACCGCGUUAACUUGCGGUCAUGCUGUAUCUAGACUACCGCUUGAUAUCCUCCACGAGAUCUUUAUGCACCUCCACCCGCUGGAUCUGCUCAACCUGGCGCGCACGAGCAAGUCCUUGCGUGAUCUUUUGAUGUCAAGAAGAAAGGCGAAGUUGAUGUGGCGCGCAUCACGGCGAAAUAUCCAAGGACUGCCGGAUUGUCCUACGUACUUGAGCGAGCCUGCAUACGCAAACCUCGCCUUCGAUCCAUAUUGCCAUAACUGUGAUCAACCUGGCGCGCAUACUGUAGUCUGGGAGUUCGCAGCCAGGUACUGCGAUCGGUGCCUGAAUUCGAACAAAGUUAUCUGGACUGAGCCGGAAGCAGAAGCAUACUUUGAACGAAUAUUCCAAAACACCCUCAACUUGAAUUGGGGUCUCUACCUGCUAUGUGUAUCACCGGACGGGCGAAAUAGACUCUAUCAGAAGGGAGGAUGUCAAGAUCUCGCUUGGCGUAUCCUAUUGCUACUUGACCGCAAGCCUGACGUCCUUGAUGCUUACUUGGUCGAUGUACAAGAUUAUGUCGACACUAUUCACAUGCGCGCAAGAGUGUGCUACAGAUGGUAUCAAAGGUUCCUAGAUGACCGUUUACGAGAUAUCAUCAACAGGCUCCGAAAAGAAGGCUGGUCCACUGACAUAACCAACAUGUCGAAAGAUAAUUUCGCUCUUCUGCGGAGCUGUCCCAACGUCAUGCUCCCCAAAUGCCUAACUGAUUAUGAGUGGCAAGAUAUCCGGGGCGAAAUCAACGCGAACAUGGAACAAUAUAGGGAGGCGCGCCUCCGAAAAGAACGAGCGGGGAUCAUUCAUACGCGCCUCCUCGACCUCCGCAGAGUCAUCUACAGAAUAGAACUUGGCAAGAAGGGGUUUCGCAUGCUCAACUUCUCGGACAUUGCCCUGAUGCCCGAGUUCCGUUCUCUGGUCGAGGCACCAAAUGAUGUCGAGGUAAAGAAGAGCGACUUCCGCCGCGCGUGUUCGCAUCUCCCCGCGAUCUCCCAGCGAUUCGACGCGAUCAGGAAAAGAAUGCUCGAGGACAUGCUUGUGCAGCGGCUAGGGCCACAAGAGAGUGCUGCGAAUCCGAACAUCUUCGAUCUCGCAAAAAUGCUUGCACGGUGGCUCGGACGACAGGGAGACUCUGCGACCGCAAACAUCCUCGAUCUUGCGGUCGCAUGGUUUCAUUGCGACCGAUGCAAGACCUACCUGCGCAGCCCCGACGUAUUCGCGCACCGCUGUCAGCGACCAUGCUACGGCGAGAGCGACCGCGAGGACUUCGAGGACCCGUACGUAUAUGACGUAGCGAAGGCUUCAACGUUCCAUGCAUGGUCGACAACAAACCUCCGCCCGAUCCUUGAGAAAGAUCUUGUCGCUUUGCGGUCCCUGAUUUUGGCAUGUGGUCUCAACCCGGAGAGAGCAACCGCGCAGGAGAUGGACGCACUCGAUGCGCGAGUUACCUGCAACGAAAUACCCGUGCCUCAUGCAAGCAAGACCAACGGAAAACUCGUCAUGAAUUGGCGUAGGGCAGUGCUGUCGCUCCAUAUAAUACGAGACUGCGACACAGUCAAAUGGGUACGCGUUUCGGAUGCCGACAAGCGCCGCAUUCUUCCUCUUGAACAGAGGGCACGUCAGGCCACACGGAAGAAAUCCAAAUACUAAAAGUCCUUCCUACGUACACUAUGCGACGAACCGUUGUCGCUCGUCACAGGGUCGCAUGGUGACCCCUUCCUUGUGGCGGACCAUUUGCCUCAGAGCGUGAACCACGUA